GUGGCGUUUUUUUUUUUUGCCAGGGAAGCAGGAAUUACACAGUGUGAAGUGCUGAGAGUUCGGGAGCACGGCGGAAGUGAAGCACUGCUGGCAGCACCGAGCGCGUGUGACGGACAUCAGCGGGAACCUCAGGCGGCACCAUGUGGGCUCGGUCGUUGGUCCGGGUCGGGGGUUCGGGGCUCGGGCUACGCGCCGCCCGGGACGGUUCGGCGCGCGUCGCUGGAGCUGGAUGGAGGCAGGCUUCAACUGCAGAGGAUGGCCUGAGGAAGACGCCUCUGUUUGACUUCCACAGAGAGCACGGCGGCAGGAUGGUGGCGUUCGCAGGCUGGAGUAUGCCUGUCCAGUACAAAGACAGUCACAUCGCCUCACACAUGCACACGCGAGAGCACUGCUCCAUCUUCGACGUCAGCCACAUGCUGCAGAGCAAAGUCCAUGGCAGAGACAGGGUGAAGUUCAUGGAGUCUCUGGUGGUUGCAGAUAUCGCAGAACUGAAGGACAACCAGGGCACGUUGUCUCUCUUCACCAAUGAGGCAGGAGGUGUCAUUGAUGACCUCAUAGUGACAAAGACAGACCAGGGCUACCUCUACGUGGUCUCUAACGCCGGCUGUGCUGAGAAGGAUUCCGCUCAUAUGAAGGCCAGACUGGCAGAGUUCAAAGCUGCAGGAUUCGAUGUGGAUCUGGAGUUUCUCGAUGAAGCAUUAAUUGCUCUGCAGGGGCCGAGCAUGGUGCGGGUGCUUCAGGAGGGGCUGAGGGAGGAUCUCAGCAAGCUCACGUUCAUGACGUCCCACCUGGCCACUGUGUUUGGCGUUCCUGACUGCAGGGUGACCCGCUGUGGGUACACUGGAGAAGAUGGGGUGGAAAUUUCCGUUCCUCAGACCAGAGUGGUGGAGUUGACUGAGAAGCUUCUGGCUCACUCUGAGGUGAAGCUGGCUGGUCUGGGUGCCAGGGAUAGCCUGCGGCUUGAAGCGGGGCUUUGUCUCUAUGGCAACGAUAUAGAUGAGACCACCACACCUGUGGAAGCCACUCUAGUCUGGACCAUAGGAAAGCGUCGGCGCCAGAACAGGGACUUCCCUGGCGCCGAAAUCAUCGUACCUCAGAUCAAAGCCAAGACAGCCAGGAAGAGAGUUGGCCUCGUGUCCACGGGACCCCCUGUCAGACAGCACACACCCGUUUUCAGCCCUGAUGGAAAGGUCAUAGGUGAGGUGACCAGCGGCUGCCCUUCUCCCUGCCUGAAAAAGAACAUUGCCAUGGCUUAUGUGGAUGCAGCCUUUGCUAAAAACGGAACACCCAUCCAAGUUGAGGUCAGAAAGAAAACUGUGCCAGCCACCGUCAGCAAGAUGCCAUUCGUCCCCACCAAAUACUAUUCUGGAUAGUAGAGAAGCACAUAUUACACAGUAUUCUCUUCUCCUUCCUCUUCUUAUAUCCCGAAAUCCAGAAACACCAGUGUGAGGUUGGGAAGUCUAAACGGAUGAAUAGUCUGAGAUUAUAAUAUGCAAUAGAGUACACUGUGUGGAGAACAGCAGACUGUCUCUUUACAUGCAGUCAGUCAUGCUUAUUGUAUGUGUCUAUGAAAGGCAGGCUUCACCUAUGGAUGUGCAAUGCGUAAAUACCAUUCAUGGAAAAAUGACAAGCAGUAUUGAUAUUCAAAUGUGUCCUUAUGGCUGCAGCAUGGACCCUAAUGCAGAUUUCUUCUGUUUUUGUAUUUUUAAUUAAGACUAAAGAAUAAACGUAUACAUCACUUAGAGUAAAGUCUAGAAUUUACCUAAUCUUUGCUGUGGACUGAGGUUUUGCUAAUGAAAUACUGUCACUGCUGGACCAAAAUCAAUACAUUUCCAAAUCUUUCUUUUGUAUUUACAUCACAAGCCAAAAUUCAUUUAUUGUUAUGUUUAUACCAUGUGAUUAUGGAAGUGAAAAAGGAGACAGCUCAUAAUCAUUUCAAUCCAAUAUUCUGACCGGAAAUGUGCUAAUUACCACAAACAUGGCGGGCCAGUUUUUGUAACUGGCAUUCUUUGUCAUCUUGCACGUUUUCUAGUCUGUUUCUAGUUUUGUGAGGAAUUUGAAUACGUUCUCUGACUUCUCUGAUUAUAUGCAUCACCACAUCAGAUAAACCUGAGCAAUCUGUCAGCUUGUCGAUGUGUUGAACCUGAAAGACAAGUUUGCACAUCCCAUGGUACAAGAUGUACUAACUUGAAAAUGUUGAUCAUUUGUAAGUAUGUAUGUUAUGUCAGGCAACUAAUGAAAUAUAAUUACUUUAUUAAACUAAGACAUUAUUUUUGUGGAGCUUUCUAUAUGAAAGUAGUAACAUGACUAGAGAUUUAAUACUAAUUAUAGAUAUUUGAGCAGAUAUUUGUUCUGUUCUUGAGUAUGGACUUUGCUAAUAUGCUGAAUGUUUAUGUAAACAGUUCAGUACAUUUUUUGUAUAACAUGUCUUUAAUAAAUUAAUUCCCUUUGUAA